AAAACAGAUACUAAUUUCUGUGAAUGGUGGAGUACUAAGUAAUAGGUUACUUUUAAUUUGUCUAUCCGUCCUAUUGGACUUUGGGUAUUUCUCAGAGUUUUCUUGUAACUAAGAUGCCAACUGUCUUUGCUAGUUAUGAAACCCGAAAUAGACCAUUUGAUCGCCAUCUUUGCUAUAUCUUGUACAUUUCAUAUAUUCAUUUUGUAAGUAUCAAAUUUGAUUGAUGAUUAUAAUUUUUUUUCAAGUUUCUUAUGACGAAUUCAUCGCUCAAAGCUGUUUUCGCGGUGAUUCUCACUUUGGGAAAUUACAUGAAUGGUGGAAAUCGAGAUCGUGGUCAAGCCGAUGGAUUCGGAUUAGAAAUUUUAUCAAAAUUACGUGAUGUUAAGUCGAAAGAUUCCCGAGUUACUUUGUUACAUUUUAUAGUAAGAGUUUGUGUUAAACAAAUCGAAAAUCCUUUCGCUCCAAAUCUAUCGAUGCCGAUUCCGGAACCGGGUGAUGUUGAAAGAUCAUCUUCGAUUAAUUUCGAUGAUCUUAACUUAAAAUUGAAUCAAUUGCAAAAACAACUCGAAGCUUGUGAUAAUCGUAUAAAAAAAGUAAUACAAUACUCAAAACCGGAACAUUUAGAACCAUUUCAAGAAAAAAUGGCGGCUUUUAUGGAAAACGCACAAAAACGAUUAUCAUCAGAGCGUGAAAAUUUAGCUGAAUGUAAAGCAACGUUUAUCGAAACUAUGAAGUUUUAUAGAUUUAAGCCGAAAAAGGGGACCAUUGAAACAGUUAUGCCAUCAGAAUUCUUUAAUUUAUGGGCCCCGUUUUGUAAAGAUUUUAAAGAUAUCUGGAAAAAAGAAAUUAUGAAUUUGGAAAAAGAAAAAAUUCAAGCUUUACGUAAACAAGAAAGUGAAAGGUUGGCGGAAAACGUAAAAGGGAAAAAACGAGCGGGUGGAUUAAAGGCGAAAGUGGAAAAAAUGAAACAAAAAAUGAAAGCGUAGAAGUGAUAAUAGUAUGAUUGGUGCUCUUAACUCAAGUAUACAAAGUGUAUUUCGUAGUUUGUCCAAGUUUUUUUUGUCUCUUUAUAUCAUGUUUGUUGUUGAAAUAAUUUCGUCACUAGAUUUUCAGAAAAUUAUGUGAUUGUGUGAUGUAAAUUUACUUAUACAUAGUGUUGCCCUAUCUUGUUCAUACUAUCUAUAUUGAUAAUAUAUUAUUUACUUUUUUAAAA